UCACUCUUGGGUGUCCACUAGGGUUUUCUACUCGCAUCUGGAUCCCAGUACGACGAGCAUACAGUCCAGUGUCCUGUCCUACAGAAACCACGGCCUCCUCCAAUUUGGAAAAGAAAGCAAGAAAAAGAAAGGAAGAAAGAAGAAGAAGAAGAAGAAGAAAGAAAAAAAAAACACCAUCCCGGCAACUUUUCUACCGUCUCUCCUCCCGUGGUUUUAUACUUUUCGUCGAAGCUGUGAAGCUGAGAUUCUUGCCUGCAGUUAAAAGUUUUUCACGCGUUUUUUAAACCACUUUUCUGUCGCUCUUUCGUGGGUCUUUCUCCCAAAUUGAGUCUGGAACUCGACAAUUAUCCCACAGAGCUUCUAAACGGACGUCGUUUGGGCAGUGUUUGAGGCUGGUUUUUUUUGUGGGGGGGUUUUUAAUUUUUUUUUCCUCCCUCAAAAAGUAGUUUGAGAGGUGGCCUCAGAGCUGCUGUGAAUGAAGUAUCUGUUGAGCUGAAGAACUCAGCGCGUCUCUCCAUGAGGAAACUCAGCGUGGGAGUCGCUGAAACUCUGUCCUAACUUACACACACACAUACGCACACCUGAAGCGGUUAUAUACACCUUUUUUGUAUCUUUUUUUUGUGCUGUGUAGUAGUUUCUUUGUAGCGAAAAUGAAGACGCUGUUGGUGCUGUGUGUAGUUUGCACGCUGGUUGUGUUUUCUGUUUCGGGGACUGCGGAGCAAAAGUUGAAAAACUGCAACGAAGUUCGCGUUGCUUACAGCUCCAAAGGCUUCAACGUGAACGAUGUCCCCAACAAAGGAGUCAACGGAGCCCCCUUGAAAGUGUGUCCGCAGGGUUUCUCCUGCUGCACGGUGGAGAUGGAGGAGAAGCUGAGCCAGCAGAGCCACACGGAGAUCAAAGCUCCCGUCUCCAAGCUUAGCACCAACCUACAAUCCACCUUCAAACAGAGGCACGACCACUUUGACAAGUUUUUCCGUGAGCUUUUGAAAAAUGCAGAGCUCUCUCUGCACAACAUGUUUGUGCGAACAUACGGGAUGAUGUACGUGCAGAACGCAGAACUGUUUAAAAACUUCUUCGAGGCCCUGACUCGGUACUACUUGCAUGGCAGCACCUCUGUCAACCUGGACUCCAUGCUGUCAGACUUCUGGGCCGACCUCCUGGAGAGGAUGUUUCGGCUGGUCAACGUGCAGUACGAAUUCAGCGAUGCCUACAUGGAGUGCGUGAGCCAGCACACGGAGCAGCUGCAGCCCUUCGGUGAUGUGCCUCGCAAGCUCCGCAUCCAACUGACACGUGCCUUCAUUGCUGCACGCACCUUUGUGCGUGGCCUGACGCUCAUGCCAGAUGUGGUCAACAAAGUUUCCACGGUCAGCGCGUCUCCCAGCUGUGUGCGAGCGGCCAUGAAGAUGUUGUACUGUCCCUACUGCUCGGGCCAAGUGGCCCUGAAACCCUGCCAGAAUUACUGUCUGAAUGUGCUGCGUGGGUGUCUGGCCAACCAAGCCGACUUGGACACAGAAUGGAACAAUUUCCUCGAUGCCAUGCUUAGUCUAGCUGAGAGGCUCGAGGGUCCCUUUAAUUUUGAGUCCGUCAUGGAUCCCAUCGACGUGAAGAUUUCAGAGGCCAUCAUGAACAUGCAGGAGAACAGCAUGCAAGUGUCGCAGAAGGUUUUCCAAGGAUGUGGUCAGCCUAAACCAAACGCGGCCUUCCGUUCCACACGUUCUGUCAAGGAAACAGGCUUUACCGGCCGCUUCCGCCCCUACAGUCCUGAUGCCAGGCCCACCACCGCUGCAGGGACCAGUUUAGAUCGAUUGGUAAGGACCAAGAACUACUACAGAAUACUUUCGCUUUGCUUUAUGUUGUCAUGUCUGACUUGUUUUUGUGUAUUAUCCAUGCAGACAAAUGAUGUGAAGAAGAAGUUGAAACAUGCAAAGAAGUUCUGGUCCACAUUGCCAGAGACCGUGUGUGCAGGUGAGAGGAUUGCACCUGGGGACGAGUGCUGGAAUGGAACAGCAAAAAGCAGGUACGAGUCAGUUGUCAUGGGCAAUGGUCUGGCCAAUCAGGUGUCAAACCCUGACGUGGAAGUGGACAUAACAAAGCCAGACAUUGUGAUCCGCAGUCAGAUUGCAGCUUUGAAGGAAAUGACGAGCUGGCUCAAAGCUGCGCACAGCGGCAAUGACAUCUCCAUUGAUAACGAUGAGGAUGGCAGUGGAGGAGAUGGAGGAGAGAGCGGUAGCGGUUGCGACUCACCAUCCUGUGACACAGAUCGGGACAUCUACUUCUCCACUCCACCGAACACCGGCAAUCCCCGGGUUAAUCAAGUGGUGGUGCGUCCAUCAGCUGCGGUCGCCUCACAGGGAAGCAUGGCGCUGGCGCUCUGUGGGCUGGCUCUGGCCCUUCUUGCUCCCCACUUGAGAUAAAACUGGCUGGGCAGGGAGAGGAAGAGAACGACCAGGAAUGACGGAGUGAAGGGGAAAACUGUCAGAGAGACUUUAAAAAGACUGCCUUCAGGACCUUGGACUGUCCGCCAUUUGGGGGGGGAGGGGACUCUUAAUAUUACAAUAACUUCACUUUUAAUUAUUUGUUUGUAUGUUUUUAAGGACAUCAGUGUACAGCAAUAUGAUUUUCUUCCCCAGAAAUCCACCUUUUAUCCCAUUUUCCCCCAGAUAAACCUUUACUCCUUAUGGCUCUUUUGGAGCUACACUAUGGUUCUGCUUGCAGCAUUACAAACAUUAUAUAAUUGUCUUGUUUUGGCAAUUUAAUCUCAUAAUUCAUUUUUGUGCCUUCUUCAAUGAUUGCCAUCUGACAACUAAACAAAAAGAGAUAUUUGGUUGAACAUUGAGUGCCUGUGGUGGGACAUAUUUCUGAGGAUGUUCUUUCUUUACAUUAUUCAGAGAUCAACAAAUCGUGUAAUGUUGUUAUGAAUAUUAACAGUUUAUAACAAUCAUUUAUUUUUGCACAUUAUGAAUGUGCAUACUGUGAAUGUUGGUGUCUUUGCAUUUAUACAUUAACAUACAUCAGCCGGUCAGAUAGUAUGAAGCUAGCUGUCUCUCAACUAAGGAAGAGUUGGAGAUUUUGUUUGCUUUGCUUUGGAGAGACUUUAAAAAUCUUUCAUCUCUCAGAAAUACAGUGAGAGAAGUUACAGCACAGGUAUUUAUGUUUGACCUGGAGAUGGAAUCAUUCUUUAGAAGAGCUUUUUGGGGCACUCUGCGAGCCCAAACAUGCAUAUUGUAUGUCUGCUAAGAGCAUUAUCACAACCUAACUUUUUAAUUUUUUUUAUUUAAUUUCCUCAGCUUAAACAGUUCAAUAGUAAGGUCAUACCUCAUGCAUGCUCUCAUUGUCAGUGCAAUCUAGUGAUGUUGAGUUUGAAAGUGUCUGAUAGAGUUGAGAUAUGUGGCUGGCAUCCUGGUGAAAGGUAACUGGCGUGGAAGAGGAAGGACUCCCCUGGCAUUACCCCUAAAGAAGGCAAAGCUGACAAGUCCUGAAUGCCCUUUUUGGUACUGUAAGUUCAGUUCAGCACAGAGGAUCUGACUCUAUACAGUCUUACUUGUUUGAAAAGAUAAAGGUGGCAACAUGUAUGUUCGGAGCAUUUCACACUAAACUAGAGAAGAGGAACAAAAGACAGUGCUUUUGAUCAAAUUAAAUCAAGAAAGAUUAUUUUAAUACAGGGUUUUAUGUUGAAGAGGUGUUGUAAUUUUUAGCUAUUUUUGGUAUGAAGAUAUAUAUUAGGUACUACAGUGGAUUUUACUGCUAGUUUUAGGUGGUGGAAGAGGACAGUGUGCACAGAUAUUGGGGGCACUUUUUGGUCAGUGUGCACAGUUUUUGGGGGAUCUUUUUUUUUUUUUGCCCACAUCCCCCAUCCCACAA